AUGGCUCUCUUCCUGGCUGUUACGAUUCUAUGGGCGCUGAUAUGGUUACUCUAUCGUGCAUGGCAAGUCUGUCAGACCCCCAAUGAUGUGUUGGUUGAAAAACUCGGCCUGGACAUCCCUCCGCCGCCGGAGGUGACGCUGGAGGAGAUCACCGCCCGUGAGAUUCGAAUCGCUUGGAAACAGCCGGACUUUCACAACUCCAUACACAGGCACAUCAUCCAAGUCAACGGCUCCAAAGUGGGGGAAUCAAAACGAGCAGAAACCGUGGUGGAAAUCUCGAAUCUAGUCCCGGGCAGCAUCUAUCACGUGUGCGUCUUUUCCGUCAGCGCAGCCAAUUUCCAAACUCCUAGCGCAAUCAUCCACGUGCGAACGAAACCUCUUCCCUUGUCUCCGUCUCAGCAAAAUGCUCCGGUCGGUCCCCCCACAAUCCGGGCUUCGAUUCCGCGACCCGCCGCCGGGUUGGUGGCUCCUUCAGCCCCCAUGAUGGCUCGUGAGCUCAGUGGCGGGCAGUUGCAAGUAAAGCGCUCCUCGGCCGGACGUAGGCAGUCUCCUGCCGCGAGCGGAGUGGACCUCUCUCACGGCCAAUCCGAAGAAACUCAGAGAAACACGACGACCAGUGAUAUCAAUCAAAGCGUGGAGCGACUGGCUGAGAGGUUGAAGACGCUGCAGCAGGAGAACGAGAAUGUGGAGAAGCAGGCUGCGGAGGAAGAAGAGGAACACGUCGCGCUUCUGAAAGAACUUGAGAAACAACGUGACGAGUUGAGGAAGCGGGUCAAGGAGAAGGAUGAGGCCAGUGGCGACCUGAAAAAGCAUGUCAACAAGCUGGAAAGCGUCAAUCGCACGGUACAAAACGAAAAGGCGAAGCGUGAAAGACUCCUGCAGCAGAAAGAAACCGAGCGGAACAAGCGCAGGGAGGACAUCAUCCGGUGGCGAGAAGAGAUGGUGCGGAUGACUGCCGAAGUCACCCAGAUCAACGAGGAAAAGGCACAGGUGGAAGACGAAGGGAAGAGGAGCGCGGACGAAAUUCGCGAGAAGAUUGCCAAGGAGCAGGCGGAGAUGAAGGUGCUCGACGAUGAGAUCCAGGACAAAGGGGGGCGAGUCAAGAAGCUGGAGGAGGAGCGCAAGCGUCAGCAGGGAGGAGACAGUGAGGAUGGAAGGGAGUUGGACCGCAUCGACAACGAGCGAGCCAGACAGUGGGAGAUCAAGUUGAACAAUCUGAAUGCACGAUAUGCCUCGAUGGUGAAUCUGCAUGCACAGGUUAGUGCUUUGAUUACGUCGUCCAUAUUCAACCGGGAAAACACUGACUUGUCCAAGGCUCAACAGCAAUACCAAGACGCACAGGAGCGUCUCAAAUGGUUGACAACCCAGCGUCCUGGCAGCAGCGGGCCGUUUGCCCUGCCCACCCUGGAUAUGGAUCUGUCGAACACAGCAACUAUCCGCCCGCGCCGCCAUCGCAGUUCGCUCAACAGCAAUGUCUCGUCUCCUAUGAAUUUCCCCAGUCUCGAGCCAUCGUUCCCCGGUGGUGUCAACUUCAACCCACCGUCUACCAACUCGCCCACAUUCGCCCCCAUCCCCGCAUUCUUCAACAUCAAUAAUGGAAUGACAUUACCGGGCUUGUCAGAUUCUUUUGAUGCCAUGCGCGGUGAACUAGAUCUCUCCUUCGGUAAUCCGCAAAUGAGUCCUCGCGCCGAUGCUCUACUCCCCUCCGAUCUGCUCGGAGACGAAGAGUCUCCUGAACCCCCUCGUCCCAUUAUUCGUCCCCGGUUCUCGAAUCUCGACAUGUCCGAUCCGCCUCUCGAAAGCUUCUCGCGGGGCCCAUCAUCCCCAGAGUCUGCAGCGAGCAAGCCAGCAAGUAUCUUCGCCAGCCCCCAUGAGGAUCUGAACGAGCCCCGACCGCAAUCGGUACAUGUGGUGGAGGUUGAUGACGCGCCCAAGAGUGCUUCCAGGAGACUCUCUGGUCUGUUUGGCUUCCAUCGCCCUCGUGGUAAGACAUUGGCCGAUGAACCACCUUUGCUGGGCACUCUGAAAGCAGGGCAGAGCCAAUCUUUCCCGCGUAAUCUAGACGAGAUGGAUCCGAUUGGCGCUAGGCGCCGUCGAUUAAGCCACACAGGCAACUGGGCCAACCCCAUCUCGUUGCUUCCUAGAAGCAACACCGCCGGCGUCACCGCAGACAGCUCUUCGGACCAUUUGCCGUCUCGGCGGACAGCCAUCUCGAGUAUUUUCAGUCCCAGUCGAUUUGGGUUUGGUGGUGGUGGUGGUGGUGCCAAUGGUGGUGCCAGUGGCGGCGGGAGUAGCCUCCUUAAGUCGAGCGAGCCCUCUGACCUCAGCAGUGGGUAUAACCAGUUUAGUCCGCGACACGACCCUAUCGAUCCAGCAUCGAUCCUCGGUACUGUCCGACGAGGUUCGCUCUCCCCUAGACCCUCGUCGACUUUCUCCUUUGAGAAUCAGCUUCCUCAUCCUUCCACAGAUCAUCGUCUCUUUGGCUGGGGCUCGGCCGAAAAGGGUCACCGCAGUCCUCUAGGCUUCGAUUGGGCUUCUCCAUCCACCUGGUCCAGGGCUCAUUCGCGUCGCCCAUCGAUCCAGUAUGGAUCCUCGGGGCACUUGCCUUUGGGGCUCACGGGUGAACCUGAUUUUCCUCAGGAGUCCUUUGAAAGACAAGGCCGCCCAUUGCAAGCGCCCAUCGGCACACGGCCUUCUUCCUCCCACCGCCCGGUUACGCCCAAGUUAAACCCCGCAGCGCCGUCUUUCAAGACCAUCUUUAUCCGGAAGUCCGACAAGGAUAAGGACAAAGAGAGAGGCAGGGACCGAGACGCUGACGUUCCUUUUGACUUCCAUAUGGAGGAAGGAUCUCCGUCGGAGUCGCGUAUCUCAAGAGACUCUCGCCCUCGAUCUUUGUCUGUCUUUACUGGUGACUCGUACGAAUCGUUGGAGCGGAUGCCCUCGGCCGCUUCUGCAGAUAACAGUACUUCGAAAGAAUCCUUCAUUCGGAAGAUUACCCGAAAGGGCAGCUCGAGCAAGUUUAGUUCGUGGAAGGAUCGUUCAGGCUUCUUCUCGAAGAAGGGCGAUUCGUCCCAGGGUGACAUCGACGAGGACGCGAACAGCGAGGCACAACUUGCCAAGAGUAUUGACAGCACCAUCUCCAGUGUUCCCUCCGUGGACCGAUCGACUAGGAGCAGUCUCGGGUUUUUCAGUCGGAAGUCUAAGAAAUCCGAUAAAGCGGCUAGUGAGACGAGUGAAAGACCUAGCGAACUAGCCAGCGAAAUGGGCGACGAGGAGCUCCCUGAGGAUACCCAUGAAUCUUGA